GGUCCUGCCCUUGGAAGGUCCUUGGUUGCCGGAAGCUGUGAGCAUGGGCAGCUCCCUGGGCUCGCCCCAGAGAUCAAUGCCUGCCUCUGCCCCCAGGUGCCCAAGGUCUAGACCUUGGUCUGACUGGGUUCAGCGAGACCCUGACCUCAAGUCCCACAGGAACCUCCACACGCCCCAGAAGGUAGUGGGAACCUGGAGGCGCUCCUCCACUAGACCUCCAGCAGAGGCCACCCUGGGCCUAGAUCUCUCCAGCGCCUGGGACAGGUAUAUGAAACGAUGGCUUUGGAGUGUACGGAACCCUAGAUGGACCUGCAGCCCAGUGACGGUCAAGAUUGCCCCUCCUGAGGGUAGAGGCAGCCCUCCAACCUCUCUGGAGCAUAGAACCCGCUUUGCAGAGAGUCCUGACCAGUGUCCAGAUCCCUGUGCUAAGGAGACUGUGCUGAGGGCUCUCAGCCAAUGCAAGAAGGGGACUAGACGGUUUGAUGGACCGCUGUGGUUCGAAGUCUCAGAGGUGAAAAACAGAAGACAGAAUACAGAGCCCAAGCCCUCAUCUGCCUUCAAACCUUGGGUGAAAAAUGGAGUGUCAAUUUCCUUUGUUCCCAAACCAGGACCUCUGAACCUAAGCCAGGAUUGCUGGAACCUCAAUGCCUACGAGAACGAUACUGACCUCCAGCUGCAUAUCCACGCUGCUAGGCAAGCAGUGCCAGAGACUCACAUGGAAAGCAGGGAGAAGACCCAGGCCUCUUAUGACCCCUCUCUAAUCCCUGUGCUCAAGACCGGAGUCUUCGGGGUCUCCUUGGCUGGUGGGGAUUUCUAUUCCUCUACCUCCCUUGACUUCUAAUUGUCUUAAGUCUGUCAUCUUUUUUGGACUUUCAUACCCUAGCCCUACAUUCUAUCCCAAUUUGGGACUUAAAUCUUGUUCCAGCUCUCUAUCUCCUGUCCUGUCAAACCCAAUCCAUUGCUCUUGCCCAUCGUGAUCCUUCUGCCUUUAAAUCCAAACCAAUGUCGCUGGAAUGUGUCGCUGCUUCCCUAUUUGCCAAAUUUGUAUAGCUAAACAUUUACUUAUUAAAACAGUAUUAUCAAUGAAAA